AUGAAUGAGGUGGAACAAAUGCUUGAAGAAAUUCUACCAGUGCUGAUGCCGAUGCAGGAGAGCAGUAAAAUUGUCCAAGUCAUGACCAGACCUUUAGCUCCUGCGCAAGUAACAACAGUUUCCUCUACCCCAUCCACAACGUCUGCAUCAUCAUCCUCUUUGAAAAGGCCAAUCAGAAAACAGCUUCGCAUGGCAGAGCCCCAGUCCGGCCCACAGGAAUCCCUGCAGACUCAGAUCUCCGGCAGGCCAACACCCCUACAACCCACGCUGCUCUCUCCACACCUUAUUCAGGCCCAGCAGCUACCAUCCCUACAGCAGCACACCUCUGGGCUUAUUCCAACUGUCCAUUCCUUAAGCGGUCACAGUCUUGUACAACAAAAGUCAUCCCACCCUUCUCACACGAUCACUGCAUCACAUGCUCAGAAUUUCAGUAUAGAUAACCACCUCCCGCAAGACAGUCAGACCCUGCAGAUCACCGGCCAGAACAAUAUUUCCGAAUUCCUUACCCAGUCGGUGGCCAGCGCCGCCAACACCCCUAGAUUCCUUACCAUAGGGACGGAUGUUGUCAUGACCAGCUCCAGUGUCAAGGCAUGUGACAAUCAAAAUGUAGACAAUGGGAACCUGUUGUACUCCAUACCCCAGAGCCAGCUUCUACCCACCCUUUCUCCCAUCUAUUCCAGUCAAGGAUUAGCUGGCUCACCUUCUAACCCUCAGACCCACUCACUCUCUCCACUUGCCCUCAAUACAAUGACAACAGUGGCUGGUCAAGAGAAGGGGGUGUCACCCUCAUCUAGCAUCAAUAUAAAUGUAAGUUUUUCUCAGUUUGUUCUCACUACCUUUUUUUUUUACCACAAAAAUAUCAAACACCAUACGUCUGGGUAAUUGUUGGUUUGAUUUUGACCACCAUUUCUUUAGUUUAAAAACAAAUGCGUCUAAUACUAGUGUCAAAGUCCUUGUAUACUCGAUUGGUUUGCUUCAUCAGGUUCUUUUACAUGUUGUUCAUAUGUCAUAAUAAUACUGAAUACAUUCCUUUUCCACAAUUAAUGCAACUUAAAUAUAUAAAUAUAUCCCCAAAAGGUACAUUUUAUCAACACAUGUAUAGCACAGUUUGCUAUCAAAGAAUAAUACACAACUAUUUCCUACAAUGUUCUUUUCACCACUGCCCACUAAUAAGCAAUACAUCAUAAAACAGACAGACAAAUAUGUCAUAAUAACCAUAAAAAUAUGUCACCAAUUAAAGCGCUUGGAAGAGCGUUCAAUAACUAAUUACUCUCUCAAAAACACACUGCGCAUAUUCAAACACAAUACCAAGUGCGCAAAAAUUAUUAGUGAACUCCCAUAUUCCACAACAAAGAUAUCACUGAUGCAAAUUCAUUUUAUGAAAUUUUUUAACUUUCCCUCUUUAAAAAAUACCAUAGUGUCAUUCAUGAUUGUUAAAAUUUUCUGUAAAAAGAAAUAAAUUCAUUUUUCCAAAAAUCUUGACCAUGCAAAUUCCUUUCCUUGGAGGGGCGGGGCUUAAACUUUUGAAAACAUUUGGAAUGACAUACUAUUUAAGUUAUUUGUGUGUGCCAACAGCACUAUCUACAGAGCCAAGAAUCUCAAAAUCCAACCAACUCUGGCUCUCAGCAUCAUUUCCUCCAGCAGCAGCAGCAACAACAUCACUACCAAACCGUUGCUCAACAGAACCAUUCCUUUACACAGGGUAACCUAGAAGCACAGCAAAUCAAACUGGUAAGCUUUGUUCUCAGUUUUGCAAAGUGAGGACUCUUUCUUACAGAAUUUUUAUUUAAAAGAACUUCCUGCUCGUACCUUAUUUUAACAGAAACUACCAAUUAGUUUAUAUCCACAAUUUUACUAUAAUUUUUAAGUCUGACAAGCUUAGAAGAACCCAUUGGGUGGGAAAAUAGUUGAUUUUGGUUCUGAGAUAUAAUAAAAAUAAAAAAAGUAGUCAAAAUUUGGGUUAAACAGUGGAUAACUCUUGUGUGUCCCUUGUUUAGGUGACAGCAAUACACUACCCCCAAAUGAAAUCAACAACAAGGCUCUGUGUAAACUGAGUGUUAUGUAAGAUCCAAAUUUACCAAAAAUGUUGCUCCUAAUACUGGAAAUCUUUAUUUCAAGCAGUCAGAGUAUCUCCUCCAACAACAGAAUCAGCAGCAGGUUCCCCCAGUCUUGACCCUGCACCUGAAACCUACCAAUAGCUCAUCAUCCGACAGUCCUGGCUUUGUACUCAGCUUGCAGGGAGCAACCAUUGUCUCUCAGCACAAUGACCAGGUUGAAAACUGCUACUUUAUUUUUAUUCAUAAAAUCUAGCUACAUUUGUUUCAGUUUUAGAUCUUCUUGUAGUUGUCUCUGGUUCACCAAAAUUAUUAGGCUUAUUAAAUCUGGUUGGUUUUUCAAUUAAGGCUUUUUUUCAGUUUGCAAUGUUAGCAGUAAAAAUAAAAUUCCAGACCAAGGAAUCUGGACAAGUAAUUUUCUUAAGGAUGCUGGACCGUUUGUUAAAUUUUGUCUCAAUAAAUAUUUUAAAACAGUAAAAAAAGAGACAUUUUUGUGUUCUAAACAAGCCAUGAACUAAGAUAUAUUUAAUCCUGAAGAAAAUAAUAGAUAUUAUUUAAUUGUUAAUGAAAUCUAGAAAGAAACAAAGCCAAUAGCAAUUUCAAGGUAUUUCCAUGGAAGAUUUUCUAAAUUGUUUUAGAAAAAUUGCUCUUUCUUAAUGGUAUAAAAAAAUAUAUUUUUAUAAAUCAUUUUUUUAUUGUAACCAUUAUUUUUCAGGUUGGUUUCUCUGGCUUCAACACAAAUUCUACGCAGUCCCUGAAUUUCUCCAAUGGCCAGGGUGUUGUCCUGGUAGCUAGUCAAAGCCCAUCAGGCUCUCUCAUUUUGAACAGGAUAUCACAAAAUACCCAACCAAUGAAUUCGUACACCCCAGCACACAGCUGUGCUUCUGGGUCAUCAGCCAACAAGACCUUCCCCCAGCAGCCCCCAAACAGUAUGUGUUCACCUCAGUUCACCAGCACACCUGUGGCCAUGACAACUUCCAUGUUCACCCAGUCUGGAUCUAAUGACAAACUGUCUCAAGUCUUCAGCUACUCGUCAC